AUGAGAGCAGAUGACCGGAGUAACGAGGUGCAGUUGCUACGCGCGUUCGUUGAUGCCAGGAAGAGGGGUGUCGAAGAGGCCGAGAAGAGAUACGAUGUUCCUGCAGCAGUGAAGGAGCUGCGAGAUCUGGCUUCCCCCUUGCUGCACCCAGAGCAGGUUACGCCAACGAGGAAGGACUUGUACUUGGGUCUUUUCUAUCGUGACGUGGUGUCGUUUCUGCUCAAAUUCGUGGCCGUUCAUCUCGAAAUUUGCUUCUCGGAGCGAGAUCGGGCACAGGUGUUUGACGUCUUUUUCGAUCGAAAAGUCGUUCCUUCGAGUCGAGCGAUCAGCGCUCUCGUCUCGACGCUUUCUGCUAUGCGAAACGAUCCGGACAAGGCAAGUGAAAUGGUGACGGAAGACUAUAAGGUGUCGAUUACGCAAUGUGUCCGGCUGCUGGAGAAAAUCGUCAUGGCCGGUGGCAUACAAGACAUCAUGACAGAAAUGCUUGAGCAUGAGCAGCAAACGACAGUGGGUGGCGACAGAACGAACGCAAUCGGCCAGCAGGUGCUCAUCUCGCAGCUUUCAUCGCUACCAGAUCUCAUCUUCAACCGAUGUCAGCGUGAUACCCCAGCUGCAUUUCGCCCUCGCCGGUACUUUUCGACGCUCUGUGAUGACUUGUUCUGCAGCCUCGUCCAGCAGGAGGUACAUGUCAGUCGAGUAAACACCUUCCGUAUGUUUGCGGACAAGCUGAAGCGCAUUGGCCAAGCCCACAUACUUGUCCAAAGCUGGUUGCGGUCUAUUGGCACUUCAUCGGUUGCUCCAAAUAAUCGGGCUUUAUUCGAGAGCCUUCCAGAAUCAUGCCACGAGCAGAUUUUGCUCCACAUUUCCAACCAAAUCAUAUCACGCUCUUUGGGUGUACGCCAAGCUCUGGCACAUCCAAAGUACAAGCUUCUCGCCCAGAUUCCACUCGCGUUGUGCGUCAAUAGUCACUUCCAGUACGUUAUCGCGCACAAGUUGCUGCUUCGGAAACCAAUCGAUGACUUUUUAUUCUGGCGCGUGCUAGUCGACGCACUGGCGCAAGGUGGCGGUGACUUGUGCCAAUCCCCGCUGAUAACUUUAUUCGACAUGGUACUCGCGCAGUGGAGUCAGAGCGAUUUUGCGGUCAGCACCGAUUACACCGUGAACGCUUCAGUGUGCUUUUUUCUUCGCUACUCCUUGCAAAAGUUUGCAGCGGACAAUGGGAGAGCAGUAAUGGCGCAGCAAGACUGGGUCACAAAGCUGUGCAAAGGGGUCCAAGAUCAUAUGAGUCAUUCUCUAGAGAGUGUACGAGCGUUGGGCAUGCGGGUCGGGGAGAGCCUAUCACACGUCAUCGCAUCCGAAAAGCCACUGAAUUUUGGCCUCGAAGGCGAAGACCCUGUGGCAAUCUAUGGAUGCCCCGUGCUACCUACCGAACUCGAGAAAGACAUGUUGGUACCGAGUGCAAAUGCGAGUUCCGCCAAAGAAAAGUCAAGUGAGACUCCGUUUGCACGCGGCACAAGUCACUGCAAAGCGAAUCGAAUCCAACAAAAACAACCGAGAAAGCAUUCAGCGAAAGCAUUCAGUCUUGACCCGGACGAGUUGGUACUCAGUGACGACGAUGGUGCAAAUGCGUCGGAUAUUGAUGGGGAAUCUGAGGUUAGUUCUGACGGUGCAGAUUCUGCCUCUGAUAUGAGCUUGGAAGCGUACGACUUACAGGAUGACGAGGAAGACUUGACGGCGAAACGACCCCUGUAUCUAAGGGACUUGAUUGCUGGUCUCUUAUCGGAUGAUGAUCGCGAGAAAACCGAAGUUGCUUUGAACGAGGCCGAAACCUUGCUCCGUCGGCAGCCACGAGACCUAAACGACAAAGCAGUCGAGAUCGUGAGGGCACUGGUACGACUGGAAGACAAGUACAACACGCUACAGUUCACGACGCUGCGCUCGCAGGCCCUUGCUACGGUGUGUGCGCUGGCACCAGCUCAAACGUUACCGUACAUGUGCAGCCAGGCGCUUGAGCGAGAACAGUUGCUACAGUCCCGUAUUGACGUGCUUCAGGCAAUGACCUCGGCCGCUCAAGAGCUUUCCGAACGAGGUAGUGGCUACCAGUGCCCACAAUUGCCCAAGAAACUGCUCCAAGACCAGACUCAAAGUAGCCUGGAGACGCGCACGAUACAAAGUCUGAAAACACGUCGUUGGGGUUAUCGGCGCGACCCGCUGGCUGCAGCAAAGAGGAACGCGUUUGCGCCGUACGCACUACAGUUCUUCUCGCCACUGCUGUUCGGGUACGUCCAGUACGUGCGGAAGCAUUCGGUUGGUUCCGACACAACUGGGAAGUCUCGGAGUGAAGUCGAGCAAACGUUCCUGGCUCAUUUGCUGCAUGCCCUCGCGAGCUUUGUCGAGUGCAGCGGACAGGCGCCGCAGACAAUGGCAAUGGCCAAGUGUUUGCUGGAGUUUGUGUGGAGCGAACGCGCCAACACGAACGCUGAGGUGCGUCGCCAGGUGCUGUAUGGUCUGAGCCGCGUGCUGCUGGUAGCGCCGCCAGCGCUGCUACAGCAGGAGAUGGGCGAGACACUCGCAAAGCAAGUCGCUCCUUGGAUUUGCCACACCCAGAAGCACGACCCUGACGCUGGUUGCCGUGAGGCGGCGCGGCUGCUGCGGUCGUUGACGUCGGCGCAGGUAGUGUCGCAAUCGAUCGCCUGA